GGCGGCGGCGGCGGCGAUGUCGGGGCCUAACGGUGAUCCGCACGUGACGCUGGGCCCCGCCGGGCGGGACGGCGGCGACGAGGACGGGGACGGCUUCGGGGAGGAAGAAUAUGCAGCAAUAAACUCCAUGCUGGACCAGAUCAGCUCCUGCUUGGAUCACCUGGAAGAGAAGAACGAUCACCUCCAUGCCUGCCUGAAGGAACUGCUGGAGUCAAACCGCCAGACCCGCCUGGAGUUCCAGCAGCAGAGCGAGCAGCACAGCAUGGGAGCUGACGUGCAGGGGCCACAGCCUCCUGUCUAGUGCACUGGCCACAAACUUGAUUGCUAAGGGGACAUUUACUGGUCACUGUUCAUCAAAAAUUGAAGAGUUACCUCCUCCCCGUUACAUAAUCCUUCCUGUGGCAGUGCCCAGCCCUUCACCUCCAUGUUCUGAUUUCCUUAGCUGUGUGAUAGGUGCACUCAAGUGGGUGUAGGAGACGUGGCUCUCUUUGCUUCCAGCAUUAAUGCAAGCAUGGCCACGUAACGUGGCUGAAGUGGUUGCAGAAAGCCUCAGGCUGUGCAGGUUGUUUGCAAGGAAGCUCUCUUCACAAAGUAGAAGAAUGAUCAUGGUGUUUUGUACUGCUGACUCCAGCUGAGCAGUGCUACAGCUCCUGCCCCUUCCCUCACUAAGCACGCUAGGCAGGGCUUGUCCUGACUCCAGGCUUUCUCUGGCACCUCUGGUCACAGACUUGGAGGAGGGGGUCCACAGAUCAUCUGCUGACUUGAAACCACAGCUUCCCCAUUAUUCACAUUCACUGUAAGUAUUACAGGUAGUCCCAAAUCACUGGACUUCUCUGUUCCAUUCCAGGCAGAUAAGAUGAGCUACAAGGUGAUGAUUUUGACUAAGAAUCAGAAGCCACCUAACUCCUUGAGCUGCCAUUAAGGACUCAGGCUUAGAGAGGCAGAGCAUCCUGGUUUGCCCCAGUGAAUUGGUGACCGUUUGGUGCUCUGCCUGCCACGGGAUGAGAGCAGAGCCCUCCCUGUAUAUUUUAACAGGAGUAAUCAUGAGCAUUCUGGUUUGAAACUUUGUGAACUCAGGUUGGCCUGGUGCCAGCACUGUGAAGCAAAUCUGAACUAUUCUACUUCUGUAGAGUUAAAGGAGUUUUUUUGAAAGUUGAAGAAGUUAUAAGAAAUCUGUUUUAUUAAAAUCAGUUGAAACAAAAUUUGUUCCUGAGAGUCUCCACUAUGAGAACAGACUGUAUUAAGCCUUAUGGUAUUAACAGAUGAGCAAGAUGCACGUUGUUGCCUAGCUUAGGACACAGUAGUGGUCCGAGUGUGCAUCUUUGAAAGAAAACCAUUCGGAAGAGCAGAAUUGGGCACAGUCUCCCAAGAAACAAACUUCUCUGCCUUAGAAGGAAGCAGAGGGGAACUACGUGGUAUUCGUAGUGGAAGAAAAUGGGAAAAAAUGUCUGCAUCCAUCUACUUCAUGAACCAUAUCCCCUAUGAAAAAGAAAAAUAAUCACAUUACAUUCUUCUUUCAAGUUCAACAAUCAAAGCAGUCUUUCCACAUGAUUGCAGCAUCCAAACUAUACAAGUAAUAAUCAACACCAUCCCAUAUUAGACACGCUAAAGCCAGGCUUAUUUUAUUCUUAAAAUAAAAACAGCAGUAAAGUUGAAGGUUUUUGCUCUAUUAAAAGACUCCGAAAAUAAACAUUUCCAGCAAA